AUGUUGAUUAGUUUGGAGUACAAUGGUCGCCACAUAUGCGGUGGAACCCUUGUCAGGAACGACGCCGGAGAUUUGGUUGUCGUCACUGCUGCCCAUUGUGUUGACGGAUCUCUAGGAAAUCCAAAUAACCUUAGAAUAAAAGUAGGAGAGAUGAGGUUGAGCCAAAAUCUCGGACAACGUAUGUCUGUCCGAGAAGUCAGAAAACACAGGAGUUAUAGCUCAGCAACAAUUAACAAUGACAUUGCCAUAUUAACAUUUAACACUCAACCAGCUGAAAGCAGUUCUGUCAUGCCAGCGUGUUUGCCAUCCAGAGAUCAUGGAAUCAACGAGUUGGCUUACGUUACUGGCUGGGGUACUACAUGUUGUACUUCUGAAGGUGGUUCUACGACAGACAGACUGAUGGAAGUAUCUAAGCCUAUUCUGUCUGACACCGCCUGCUCGUCUUUCCUCGGCAGUUCUUACAGGAGUGCCACCAUGUUGUGCGCAGGUUACGAGGCAGGUGGCGCUGAUGCGUGCCAGGGAGACUCCGGUGGACCUUUUGUUGCUCAAAGAAAUGGUGUCUGGGAACUGGCGGGCGUGGUCAGCUGGGGAUAUGGGUGCGCUAGACCAGAACUUCCAGGAGUAUAUGCUGAUGUCUGGAAUUUUGUAAGCUGGAUUAAAGCCAACUGGAGCACGUGAACAUAUAUAAAAUACUCCAGUAAUGAAUAAAUGAGAUAUAUAUACCUUGA